UUCAUUUGUUUCUAUCCAAAAGCAUGGCACCUCUGUGAUCCUGAUGCGGAAAAAGUAUUUAAGACCCUAAGGAAUGCAGGUGUAAAAUUGGCUGUUGUGUCAAACUUUGACACUCGAUUGAGGCCUGUUUUGCGGGCUCUAAAUUGUGAUUACUGGUGUGAUACUGUGGCAGUAUCAGCUGAAGUUGAAGCAGAGAAGCCAAAUCCGACCAUAUUUAUAAAAGCUUGUGAGUUGUUGGGAGUAAAGCCUGAGGAUGUUGUUCAUGUGGGGGAUGAUUGUAGAAACGAUAUAUGGGGUGCUAGAGAUGCAGGUUGUGAUGCUUGGCUAUGGGGAAGUGAUGUACAUUCCUUCAAAGAGCUUCAGAAUUCAAUAUGCUUUUGUUGCAUUUAUGUAUGUUAAAUAGCUAAAAGACCCACAAGCCCCUGCGGCGAGAUCACUCAAAACUCUAAAGCUACAUGAUUAUUUUAUUUUAUUUUGGAUUGGGAAAAAUGAUAAAAAUUUAUGGGGCUAUGUUAUACGUGUAUUUUUGUAGGUUAUAUUGGGCUAGAUAGUGCUGAAUAAUACUGAAACAAGAACUUUGAUAAGGUGCAAUUGUAUUUCAUAUUCUGCUAUGGAGCACAAUGAUAUACUAAAAUAAAAGAGGAUGUCUUUUUGAAUGUAGUGUUGUGUUGGUGUUAGUUACAUGUCCAAUACAUGUUCAACAUAGAUAGGCAAAUUUAUCGCAUGGUUAUUGGGCUUUUUUUACCUCGGUCUCACCAAAAGUGGGGUCAAGGGGUUACUCUUAAUAAAAAAAUAAAUAAAAUGAAAAAAAGAUAGGCAAAUUUAUGAGAAUCUAGUGUGGAUUUAACCCAUGGCUUUGUGCCACAGUGGUAUGGUCUACAAUCCCUAUAGUGGAGAUUGUGGGUUCGCGCUUCAUGUGGUGUUGGGGCUGAUCUUUUUUAAAAUAGGCUAGUGUAGGUUCUAAUGAGUGAAAAAAAAAAGAAAAAGGGGGAGUGUGAAUUUAAGUGAUUAUAAACAAAACAAAAUUUGGAAAAUAGUUGUGAGGAUACAAUAUG